UGGAACAGCUGCUCCAAAGUUGUUGAGACUGAAAAGUCAGAGGUCAAGGUGAAACGGGGCAGAGUCUCCAUCAUAGACAGUCACAGCACGAGCACAUUCACUGUGACCACGGAGAACCUGAAUCUGGAAGAUGCUGGGAUCUACUGGUGUGGAAUAAAUAUGAAAGGUGGAGGUGAUCCUUAUUCCCUUGUUAACUUGACUGUUCUCCCAGUUUCCAUAUUUUCCCCUUAUGCCCUCCAGCCUUUCCUUCCUAGCCUCAUCUCCACCAUGUGCUCCACUAGGGUUCCUAGUACCGCACACCCCCAGGACCUCCAAUUCCAAUCCAUCAUCAUCUGUUUCCUGCUCCCGGUUUUAUUGAAGGUUCUCCUCUUCCUGUGCAUAGUUUGUGCUGUGAUCUGGAUGAAUAUGCGCUACAGGAGGAGCCACAGGGAGAUGGUGCCAGACAGACAAG